GUGCCCCACCUCUCCCCCUCAGUGUUGUCAUAGGCAGAGGGAGGGACCAGCAGGGACUGGGCCUGAGAGCAGUGACAGAGCCCCAGGCAGGGCAGGUGUGGGCAGAGCUGUUGUGCAGGCACACAGAAGCUGCAGAGAGGCCCCUCAGAGCGGGCCUGGCCAUGUGGAGUGCCCUGUGCGUGGGCUUCUUGCCCAUUGUAGGUGCAGUGCCAGUCCAAAGCCCCUCCAGCAUUGCCCUGACCUUUGCUGAAUCUCACAGUGACUGUGGCUUGUUCUUGCUUUCUGCAGCAGUCUCGCUCACUGGUGCAGCCACCUUGGAGCAGCACCCCAGGGAAGUGACCGUGGAAGAGGGAAAAUCAGUCACCUUGCAGUGCCGCAUGACGGGGGAUUCUAUGAGGUACUACUCCGUUUCAUGGUACCGUCAUGGCCCAACUGGAUCUCAGGAAUGGAUUUACAAAGAGGAUGGCACCUAUGGAGAAGGUUUCAAAGACCGCUUUAAGAUAAAAGAUGAGAAGUUCAGGAACAGAUUCCCAUUGCAGAUCCUGGCAGCAGAGCCAGGCGACGCCGCAAGCUAUUUCUGCAGGGCAAGAAUCACAUGGGGGGCUGGGGGUACGACAGCUACUGGAACAGGGACGACUCUCACAGUUGUACCAAAGGUCAUUGUGGAGAAAUCAACUAAAUCACAAGAUGAUGGCACCACUGUGAAAACAACACCUUUGCCAACAGUUUUCCAUACCAUCAGCUCUGAGGAACAGAACACAACAGAGGUGAUCUGCAUGGACAAGUUCGACAGCCGCAUGGUAACAAUACAGCCAGUCCUGAAGGUCAUUCAGGGUGAGGAAGGGACCAGUUACAGCACAGAGCCCUCAGCACAAGAUCCUGAAGAGCAGAGAGUGAACAUGCUGUCCAUGGCUGUGCUGGGUUUGAGAGUCCUGCUGGCAAAGAGCAUCGCCUUCAAUGCCCUCAUGAGUAUCAAGCUGUUUCUUUCCUGAGACAUGAGAAAUGAACCCAAAGAAGAGCCGGAAAGAACAUGAGCCAGCAGCACAAGGGGGUGGAACAAGCAGGGGCAGCACUGCUGACAGACACCACCCAGGACAAAAGGCAGCACCUUCCCCUGAAGACAUGGAACACUGUGCACUCCUGCCUGGCCAGCUGAGUUACACUGAAGAGUCUGAAGUGCUUUGGCUGUUUCCUCUUCUCUGAGCACUGAGGAGAGUGGAUUUAUCCUCAUCCUCCUGCUAAGCAGAUCUCCCCACUCUUCUGGCAUUUGCACACCAGUGUCCAGCCUGCUUCAGCAGCUUUGAAAGCUCCAGUGCUCACUCUAGGUAGAUGGCCUUUGAAAAGCACCUUUCCCAGGCAUGUUGUGUUUCUGCCUGUGGAACUGGAGUAGCACUGCUGAGGGAAUUCCAGCCCAGUAGCUGCCUUUGGUAGCUUUGGAUUUUGAUAGAUAUAAUCAGUGUGUAUUGCAGAUAGGAAGAGCUGUAUAGAAUUUAGAGUGAUUUCAUUCAACUAGAUGAUGCUCAUUUCUUUAUUAACCUGUAUUUCUUCUGCCAAAUGUAUUGCACGUGCAUUUCAGAUUCCUGCAGUAGUGACAAAAAUAAAGAUGUACCAGGCCAAAA